AUGGCAAACAAUGGCUCGAGUUAUCGGAUGUCGGCCUUUCCGGUGACCGUCUUCUCACAUUUGUUAGCGGUGUCUAUUGCCACCCUUGUGUUGUAUUGGCUUUUAAAGUUGAGGGAAGGCGUUGCAUUCACAUCUCAUGUCAAAAUCCAGAUUUUCAAUUUGCAUCCACUUCUUACACUACUUGGAUUCAUAAUUUGUUCAGGGGAAGCGAUCAUAACAUACAAGGGGAUCCUUGCAACUAGACAAGCCCUUAAACUAAUUCAUCUAGUAUUACAUUUACUUGCCCUUUUUGCUGGAAUCUUGGGCAUUUGUGCAGUUUUUAAGUUUCAUAAUGAACUCAAAAUCGCGCAUGCGUACACUUUACAUUCCUGGACCGGUUUGUCUACCAUCUGCUUAUUUGGCCUUCAGUUGUUACUUGGAUUUGUCACAUUCUUGUUCCCGGGUGCCAAGUCAGGAACACGGGCCAGAUUUGCGCCGUGGCAUAUUUUUACUGGUGUAGUCGUGUUUUUCAUGGCGAUAGUGACCGCGGAAACCGGGUUAAUGGAAGUAUUUAUGUUUCAGAAGUUGUAUAGAGGUCAAGAAGCCCUUGUGGUGAACUUUAUAGGAUUAUUGGUACUUGUAUUUUGGAUAUCUGUUGGUCUUAUUGUUGUCCUUCCUUCAAAAAGGAAAUAG